AUUAUUACUAUUUUAAUAUUAUGUACUAUGUAGGUAGGUAGGUGCCGUAGUAGCCGUAGUGCGUACGUGCAGUUUGCGUUCGUGGUUCGUCCGAGGUCCGUUUGCGAAUUGCGAUAUUCAUGUGUUUUUCAUUCGAUCUGGUCUGUGUGUCAAUGUGUGUACGAACUACGAUCUCGAACUUCGCCCGUGUGUGCUUACGCUUGUGCGUGUGUUUGUAAGAAAUUUGGUGGUGUGUGAAUCGAAUGUUUUUAGUUUUUAUUUUUUAUUUUCGGUUUCCCGGUGGCAAUCAGUUAUAGUACCAUCAGAAGAUUUCGUCUGUUGUCAGAUCUCCCGGUGUGCGAGUGAUAUUGCAUUCGGUAUCUUUCGCACGGAUUUACACCUGCGCGGCCAUCGUCGUGACCUUAAUGCAUAACUACGACCAACAAUUGUGAAUCGACACGAAAUCAUCACCAGCCAAGACGUGAUCGAGUAAAAAUAAAAAAAACACUAUAUUGUCCGAUCAUUCACACUAUCAUGUGAGAAUAUCUCUUUGUAAUGGGACGAAAUCGAAAUAAAAGAGCCAGCCACAGUGUUCAAAGUACCAAUGUGCCAAUGUCCCAGCGCAGUGACUAUGUUGAUCUAUGUCGCAACAUUAUACGCGACAUGGAUCUGUAUGGAGUGUGCGUGUUAGAUAAUUUCCUAGGUUAUCAACGUGGCAUGACUGUACUAGAUGAAGUUUUGAAUCUAUAUAACAUGGGAGUGUUCAAGGAUGGUCAGUUGGUUCGAAAUAAAGCGAGUAAUAAUCUCAAAACUAUACGAGGUGAUCAGAUCAUUUGGGUUGAUGGUCGUGAGGAUUGUUGCAAACAAAUUGGACAGCUUAUAAGCGAUGUUGAUGCCGUAGUCAUGGGAUCAAACAAAAUGAAUGACAAUGGUAAACUUGGAAACUAUACAAUUAAUGGCAGGACCAAAGCUAUGGUCGCUUGUUAUCCAGGACAUGGAUCUCAUUAUGUCAAGCAUGUAGAUAAUCCAAACAAAGAUGGCCGAUGUAUUACUGCGAUAUAUUAUUUAAAUAAAGACUGGGAUAUUAAAGAAAAUGGUGGCUUGCUAAGAAUAUUUCCGGAAGGUUGGAGUGAUCAAGUAGCUGACAUAGAACCAUUAUUUGAUCGUAUAUUAUUCUUUUGGUCUGACCGAAGAAAUCCUCAUGAAGUUCAACCAGCUUUUAAAACUAGGUAUGCAAUUACUCUUUGGUAUUUUGAUGGCAAUGAAAAAGAAGAAGCUGGAAGAAGAUUUCAAGAUGCAAGUCAGUCUAAUAUCUGUUGUUACCAAAAUGCGACUUAAAUAGCAUGCAAGUUCCAUAGUCUUCAAAAAUCAGUAAUAUCUCAUUGACUGGUAAAUUGGACUCUUGAAUUCUGUACUGAUCUUAAAUAAGAAUUUGUGUUACUCAAGGUGAUCUGUGUACAGAUCAACUCAGUGAUGGGAUUAAUGUUUUCAAUCUGUGAUUUAGUCUACUGACCCAAGUACAAUUGAUUCCUUAAUAUAAUUCAAAUAAUUAUUUUUGGAUUUUAAAUAAAUGGGUCAAACCAUUAAACCUAUAGGUAGAAAUAAGUAAAAAAAAAAAAUACUUAGUAAUUGUUGAAAAAAUAUUUGUAAAUUUAUAAAUAAAAUAUAAUAGAAAAUAAUGUUUUUUGUAAAUUUAAAUAUCACAACAGACUUGUAUUUUAAAAAGCAACUUAAUAAAUUCUUGUUAUUAUUUCAAAAAAUAUUUUGUUACCAUUAUGAUGUAUAAUUUAAAGUUGAUAAUACAUUAUUUUCUAUUCAAAUUUACGGUAAUUCAUAAAUUGUUAUAAUAUUAUGUUCGUACUGGUUAAAUUGUUUAGGAAUAUACAAGUAUAUUUCUGAAUAUUGAAAAAUAUUUACUAUUCAAUGUUCAACA